UGGCUGCGUGGGUCGCCAUGGGGACGGGGCUGUUCCCGGGGAGGCUGUGAUGGGUUGACAGGUGCGUGACAGUGGGAGCUGCUCUCGGCACAAGCAUGUACGGCAAAGGCAAGAGUAACAGCAGCGCCGUCCCGUCCGACAGCCAGGCCCGGGAGAAGUUAGCACUCUACGUAUAUGAAUAUCUGCUCCAUGUAGGAGCUCAGAAAUCAGCCCAAACAUUUUUGUCAGAGAUAAGAUGGGAAAAAAACAUCACAUUGGGGGAACCACCGGGAUUCUUGCACUCUUGGUGGUGUGUAUUUUGGGAUCUCUACUGUGCAGCUCCAGAGAGACGGGAAACAUGCGAACAUUCGAGUGAAGCCAAAGCCUUCCACGACUAUAGUGCUGCAGCAGCUCCCAGCCCAGUACUAGGAAACAUUCCCCCAGGAGAUGGCAUGCCCGUAGGUCCUGUGCCACCAGGGUUCUUUCAGCCUUUCAUGUCACCUCGGUACCCUGGAGGCCCAAGGCCGCCCUUGAGGAUACCUAACCAGGCACUUGGAGGUGUCCCAGGAAGUCAGCCAUUACUCCCCAGCGGAAUGGACCCAACUCGACAACAAGGACAUCCCAACAUGGGUGGGCCGAUGCAGAGAAUGACUCCCCCACGAGGAAUGGUGCCCUUGGGACCACAGAGCUAUGGAGGUGCAAUGAGACCCCCACUGAAUGCUUUAGGUGGCCCCGGAAUGCCUGGAAUGAACAUGGGUCCAGGUGGCGGCAGACCUUGGCCAAACCCAACAAAUGCCAAUUCAAUACCAUACUCGUCAGCAUCUCCCGGGAAUUAUGUAGGUCCACCGGGAGGUGGAGGGCCACCAGGAACACCCAUCCUGCCUAGUCCAGCAGACUCAACCAACUCCGGAGACAACAUGUAUACUUUAAUGAAUGCAGUACCUCCUGGACCCAGCAGGCCCAAUUUUCCCAUGGGCCCCGGGUCAGACGGCCCCAUGGGCGGACUAGGAGGCAUGGAGUCACAUCACAUGAACGGCUCCUUAGGCUCAGGAGACAUGGACAGUAUUUCCAAGAAUUCUCCCAAUAACAUGAGCCUGAGUAAUCAGCCGGGCACCCCGAGGGAUGACGGCGAGAUGGGAGGAAGCUUCUUAAAUCCUUUCCAGAGCGAGAGCUACUCCCCCAGCAUGACCAUGAGCGUGUGAGCGUGGCCACGCGUGCUCGCGGCGGCGGUGGAGGCGGUGAGCCGACCCUUCACAGAACCACUACGGAAGACAAAUUACUCAUCACAGUGUGCAGUCAACAGAGGACUCUCAGUCACACCAAGCCGACCUUUGUAUUUCCUGCUCUGUCCCCUACCUUGUGAGGAAAGCGGGUCCAAACAGCUUGAGACCAGGGCAGGCCGCCCUGCGCCGCCAGCCCGCGGGACUGCCAAUCCCGACCUGUGUCUGUGUAUGUGUGGAAAAGCAGUGUACUGCCCAUGUGUAUGGUCUCGGACAUGUGCACACGUCUGCAGUGGCCCGCCAGGACCCUGCACAGUACGGCCGCGUGACAUCUUACGUAGCGAUAAGUAGGAACUUUGAUUCCAUCCUUUUUUUCACGUUUACAUUUUAAUUAUUCAAAGUUGCUCCCGCCCCUUCCCUGAACUAUUUUGUGCUGUGUAUAUCACUGCUUUAUAUAAGUUAUUUUUUAAGGUGAACUCAGAUGUUAUGGUUUUGUAAAUGUCUGCAAUCAUGGAUAGGAAUAAAAUUGCUUAUUUGAGAGCUUUCAUUAAAUUGCGUCUGACACAAGCCAUCCUGCGAACCCCACAGUGUAACUGUCUCCCCGACGAGAAGGAAGCGUGCCCUCCUCUUGGUGUGAAAAUCAGACAUUUUUUUUUUCUUUUUGGUGACCUUCGUGAAAAGUAUUUUUGUACAUUUUACUUGAGAAAAAAAAACUGCAAAUCAACAGAAGCUUUCCUGGACCUCACGCGAUCUCCCUCUCCCUCUCCCUCUCCCUCGGCAAUAACCACUGCAAACAGAGCUCUUGGUCUGUCUGUCUUAGAUGCUACAGAAGUCGUUGAUUGGCUCAAAUAACUUAGACCAUAGCAAUAAAAUGUCAGGGGCUGUCA